AUGUUGAAGUUACAUCGUUGUCUUUUUUCUCUACGUUCUGUGCAUCAAUUUUGCCGAUCACAAUCAACAAAUGCUUACUCCUCCGAAUGGGUUUUACCCUCGCUACAAAAAGAUCUUGAAAAAUUUUCUACCUUGAAUCCACUACCAGCUGCAAUCUCUUUAAUUGGGGAUCCUCAUUUACGUCGAAGUAAUGAAUUAGUUCUUAAUCUUCAAGAUGGUUUUUUUCAAGCAGCUAAACUUCGCCUUCAUCGUGCUCUAGCUGAUUUUCGUCGUAAAAAUGGUUUUGGACGUGGUAUGAGCGCAUGCCAAAUAGGUGUUAAUCUACGUAUGAUUGCAUUGAAUCUUGGCCAUGGACCACUAACAUUAAUCAAUCCGAAAAUAACCUGGGCUUCAUCAGACUCAAUAACGAUGUGGGAUGAUUGCAUGAGUAUUCCACGUAUGCUUGUUAAAAAACAACGUGCAAAAUCAAUAUCGAUUGUAUACACAGAUGAUAAUGGUCAUGAAAAAAAAUGGAAUGAACUGGAUGUAUCAAUCAGUGAAUUACUACAACAUGAAAUCGAUCAUCUUAAUGGUAUCCUUAAUAUUGAUAAACCAUUCAUAGAUAAUAAUGCAAAUGGGAAAGAAAGUAUAAUUAGUAUGGAUCAAUAUGAAAGAGAUAAGAAAUAUUUUGAUGAACAAGUUGAUUAUACAAUCGUGCCAACGGUUUAA